CAAACAUCUUUUUUUAGAAAACAUAUUUUGAUUUUUUAAAUUAAAUAUUUUGGCGGGCAAACAGUGCAACCAACUUAAAUCUUAUACGUGACUUCAUUUCCGGCUGCGUCUUUCUCUAUUCAAUAUCGGUUAAGGCGAUUUUGAAUUAUGGGUCGAGUAAUUCGUGCUCAGCGUAAGGGAGCUGGAUCUGUUUUCAGAUCUCAUACAAAGAGGAGAAAGGGAGCCCCGAAACUUCGCUCCUUGGACUUCUCUGAGAGACAUGGCUAUAUCAAAGGUGUUGUGAAGGAUAUUCUUCAUGAUCCUGGUCGUGGAGCACCAUUGGCCGUUGUUCAUUUUAGGGAUCCGUAUAAAUUUAAAACACGCAAAGAAUUGUUUAUUGCUCCUGAAGGGAUGUAUACUGGACAGUUUUUAUAUUGUGGAAAGAAAGCAAAUCUCCAAAUUGGAAAUGUGAUGCCUGUUGGACAAAUGCCUGAAGGUACUAUUGUUUGUAAUUUGGAAGAAAAAACUGGUGACAGAGGUCGAUUGGCAAGAGCCUCAGGAAAUUACGCUACAGUCAUAGCUCAUAAUCCUGAUACAAAAAAAACCAGAGUGAAACUACCGUCUGGCGCCAAGAAGGUUAUACCAUCCAACAACAGAGCAAUGGUUGGCAUUGUUGCUGGCGGUGGACGUAUUGAUAAACCAAUUCUAAAGGCUGGUCGCGCGUAUCACAAGUACAAGGCAAAGAGGAAUUGCUGGCCUAAGGUCCGUGGUGUUGCUAUGAAUCCAGUUGAGCAUCCUCACGGUGGUGGUAAUCAUCAACACAUUGGUAAAGCAUCCACAGUUAAGCGUGGAACUAGCGCUGGUCGUAAGAUCGGUCUUAUUGCUGCUCGUCGUACAGGAAGAAUUCGUGGUGGAAAGACCGAUACUAAGAAAGACGAUUAGAUUAAACAUUGACUAAAUCCUGGAACUUGUACAAUAAAAUGUUUGAAAAA